ACUGUAAGUGCUGAGGGGAAGACGGCGAGUGCGGCAGCCAAUUUGCGCACAGAGAACCGCAAAGUUAUCAAAUGUGAGAAGAUGUCGGCUGAAGAUCCCUCGACCCCCAAACAUGGUGACUCUCUUCAGAAUUAUUACAGUCCUGCUCUGUGCCAGACUGGGCAGCCCGGCUGUGUGGGCCAUCCCGGACACUGUCACCAAUCUCUCCGUCGGGCAAGACGUCCAGUUCCCUGUAAUUCACGACAACAACAUGAAAUACGAAGUGACAGCUCGCCGGGAAAGCCCAUACUCAAUUAAAAUCCUCGGCUGGAAUUCUGAUCAGCCCUUCUCUAUAGGAAAUGCACAUAUUGUCCAUCCUCUCUAUAGAGACCGGGUUCAGCUCACAGUCAAUGGCUCUUUGUUACUUAAAAAUGUGCACAUGGAAGACAGUGCAGAAUAUCGCAUCCAAACAAACUACCUGGGAGCGGUGCUGCGGCAGAGAGACCAGCUCACAUUUCAUCUGAAAGUCUUUGAGCCCGUGGCCCAGCCCGUGGUGAAGGUAACCACUAACUGCUCUGUGCCAGCUGCCACUCUGACCUGCUCUGCUCCCAACGGUACAAACCCACUGCUUCACUGGGAGAAAGUUUUGGGCUUUGCUGGUAAUACAGUCGUCUACAAUGGGACUACAUUACAUCUGAGCAACGUCACGGGGCGGGAGCGAGACAGCUACACGUGUGUGGCUCACAACCCGGUCAGCCAGACAGCCAGCGAGCCAGUCACUACAGAUCUGUGCCCUGACAGCGGCUCAGCAGGUGGAAGGUAUCACUGGGUUAUUCUUGUUGUUCUGCUGUUGUUGCUGUCUGUGUCACUUGUUGUUGGUAUCAAACACAAUAAGACAUUGAGACGACUCUCAGCACUGGGGAGGAGGAUGGAGUCACCAACAGCUCCAGAUUGUGGGUCUGUGGCUCAGACACAACCCAUAAACAACUGGAGCGACAUCUACUGGAGAUUGUAAGAUGUUAAUGUGAAACUGAUAUUGUGAAACCUAUGAAGCCCACCACCUGCUUCCUCGACCCCCUCCCCACCAAGCUUCAGGUCACCAACUCCCUUCCUCUGCCUACAGAUGGCUGAUACAAUCAACCAGUCUCUCCUUCAGACUCUAUCCCACUCCCCCUCAACACAACUCUCAUCAGUCUCUCCUUAAAAAGACGACCCUCGAUCCUUCCAACCUCACAACCUCACAAACUUUAGUCCAAUCUCAAACGAGCUCUUCCUGCCCAAAGCUUUGCAGUGUGUGUCUGCUCACACCUCUCCCUCCGCUCCCCAGUCAAACCGCUCCAGUCCAGUCUCCGCCUUGCCCACAGCACAGAGACAGCGCUUGGCAAAGUAGCAAAUACGCUUUUGGAGUAUGACAUGAAAUGUGAAUUUUGAGUACUGUAUGCAGAGUGUCCAUAGUCAUAAACAUUCUUGCAUGACUUGGCAUUCAAAUUUCCGAGAUAAACUGAGCCACUGGAGCUUCUUAUACAUAAGUAAUACCACCAAAGGACAACAGUGGCUUUGCCCACCACCGGUGGUUUUUUACCACAGUCACGAUUACAUCCACCAUGUACAAAAGGUUUAUUGUUACACGUUAUAUGUUUUGGCUGCGAUUUAAUCUUGCAGCGAGGAGAGGGAAAGCGAGAGGCAAUACAAUAGCACGUCUCUCAGAAGAGUCGGUACUCUUUCUCUACCAAUGGGGCAGUCCCAUUAGUUUAUAUACAUGAUUAUUUGCAAUCACCUCAUGUCAAAACAAUUCUUGUUGUUGAUUGAUAAGCAACAUUCAGUCAUCACAAGUUUAAUUAUACAUUUGCAGACAGUUACAGGACAAGGAAACUGGUUCUGCUCUAAUUAUCUACACUGUUGCUCAAAAACAACUCGUCUUAUCAUUGUCGAGACACUCUGUACUUUACGUGUUUUAGUCCUUUUACAUUCCCACAUAACCUUUCCUUACGCCCGAUAAUACUCCCUCAAGAAAAAAAAUAAUAAA